CAACACCUCAACUUCCCACCACACCACCUACAAAAUGGGCGACCUCACGACCGAGAUCCAGUCGACGGCGGAAUUCGACGGCAUCGUCAAGGCGCUCGGCGCGACGCAGCUGCUCGUCAUCGACUUCCACGCGGUAUGGUGCGGCCCGUGCAAGUUCAUCGCGCCGGUGAUUGAGAAGCUGGCCGAGAAGUACGACGAAGUCAAGUUUGUUAAAAUCGACGUCGACAAGCAGCGCGAGCUCGCACAGCGGUACAAGGUGUCCGCUAUGCCGACGUUCAAGUUCCUCAAGGGUGGCGUUGUCGUUGACGAGCUCCGUGGCGCCGACGCGCGCAAGCUCGCCGCCCUCGUGCAGCAGCAUUCCGGCCGCGACCCCAACGCGCCCGACACUGCGCCGCUCGACAUUGACGCCAUCGCCCCGCCGCAGCAGGGGCCCAAUAUCCGCCAGUGGGUCCUGCUCGCCUUCUUCUUGUACUAUGUGUACAAGUGGUGGACUGGAAAGUAGGCGCUGGCGUGAGCGGCGAGCGAGGCUGGCGUGUGGGCGUGAGACUAGACUGGCGAUGUACCUAUGUCUACGG